UCAGUCAUGGACCAGAAGGCCGAGGAAACAGACGAGGCCUAUCAGGCCCGCAUGUUAGCCUGGAGUACCGAGACAAAGAAGCUGGCAAAUGACGUUGCCGCAACAGCAAAGAAAAGGGCAGAGGAUGCCGAGCAGGCACGUCUGCUGGUGGUUGAACAACAACGCCAACAUGACGAGGCAGCAGCGAGGGUUGCCGAUGAAGAAAGAACACAGCGUCGUGAGAAGAUAUUCACCGGAGAGCGGGCRUUACUUACCAUGGCAGCAGAAUGGCGAAGCGAGGCCGAAAAUAGCCAGUUGGAGGAUAGCGCAAACAAGAURGCGCUCCUCCUCUCGCAUCUCACGGAUCUCCUGGCAACCUGCAUUACACAGCAGGCGGAGAUCCUUGGUCUUGACAACUCGGUAGCUCAUCUCCAAGACCGCCUUCAACGGUUGGAGCAGCGACCAGUCGCCGCCGCCGACGCAGACUCUUCCAAUACUGCCGACCGCCUCACCACAUUGGGAUUGCACGCCGGUUCCCUCCAGGAUGGCGCACAGUUACAGCAGACCGCGACGCAACAGUUGCAGCAACGGGUCUGCACUAACGCCACCACCUCGAGUCCAGAGCCGCGCGAGACAGCUCCUAAGUUCGAUGGGCAGGGGAUCUUCCACGACUCAAUCAAGACAGAUCCAAUUCCAUGGUUUCGCAAGUUCGAGCUCACGUUGCAGCUCCACAACGUCAAGGAACACAAGCAUCACGCCUACUUGUACUCUCGCUCAGGGGGCGCGUGUCAGGCUUGGUUGGACAACCUGUUGUCCAAGUACGGAGUGGUAGCUAACGACUUGCACACCAAGAUCACCUGGGAUGAUCUAAAGGCGGCGUGGCACAAGCAGUUCCAGGUGGAGCCGCCAGAGAUCAAAGCCAUGGACAAGCUCAUGGUCUUCGAGAAAGGCACGCUGCUAGGUACGGACUGGAUUGCCGAGUACCAACGCUUGACGUCAGUCCCAAACAUCCAGAUGGGCUUCAAGGCCAUCCGCCACUACUUCAUCUCAAGGUCAUGUCCGACAUUGAGCAAUGCCCUGACGCAUGUGGAGGACACCUUGACGACGACGGCGAAAUUAUUUGACAAAGUUGCGCAGAUCAUCGUCACGAACAAGGAGGCCAAGAACCUCCGUUCAUCUGCGUCAGGCCUGAGCAGGGACCAGCAUCGGCCAAGAGCGGCCAUGGUCGCAGCGGCAGCGCCGUUAGACCAAACCAGCGAGGCUGCGUCUGUUAGUGAAGGAGACAGAUUCGCAGCCGCCCGGGAAGGUUCGCCCAUUGAAAGGCAAGGGCAGACAGGGAAACUGAGCACCGCCGAGAGUGACGCGACGACACUCUCGACGCCUUCGGAACUGGUUUCUUCGCGAGUAACCAGCCUUCAUUCCGAGGCGCACGCAGAAAUCGACAGUCCUCCGCUUCUACUUUCUUUUGAGGACUAUGCUGCCCGGCUCGUUCCAACGCUGGGUACUCAAGCUCAAGGACAAGGAGUGUGUGCGGUUUCUUCUCCGUCCGACAACAGCGACAGAUCGUCUUCAAGUGGUUCAUCACGGGAUUCGGCGCGCGAGUUCAAUGUAGAGGCAUUGGACCCGCUCACGUCUGAGGUCUUUGCAUGGCUUCCUCUCCCGACCACAGGCUGUUUGCCGGGACCACAAUGUGCAUCACUUAGCGUUCAUCUCCACACUUACCUUUCCUUCUAUGCACCACCAACUUCUCCGACGGAUGACGAAGUCGCGGUGGGGGACAUCCUGGCAUAUACUACCAAGGUGGCCCGCGAGUUUCGCACGCAGCGGUACGAUAACAACAAUGCACCGCUCAUGUAUGUCCGCAUCCAGGUUGGGCAAGCGUCCUGCAACACUUUGCUGGAUAGCGGCGCGUCUCGCAACUUCAUGAGCCAGUCUUUUAUGCAAAGAGCUGGCCUUGGCGCACAAGUUCGGAGGAAGGCAAACCCGACGACGAUCAAGUUGGCGGAUGGUAAGACGCAACAACUUCUCGACCGUUACAUCGAGGUCGUACCGGUCUACUUCGCACCUCAUGCAUGCGAACCAGUAACAUUCGAUAUUCUCGAUACGGACUUCGACAUCAUUCUGGGAAUGCCUUGGCUCGCAAGUGCGGAUCACACGGUCAACUUCCAUCGGCGGAUUCUUAGCGUUUGCGACGCCUUCAGCGCGGAAGUGGCGUGUACUAUUCCUCUACCGCACUCUUCGAUCCGGUGCCAAGUGGUGACGACCAAAUCAUUCCGGGCGACUUGCGCUUACGAGCAGCCCGAGGAGAUCGGCCUUUGUUUCCUACGGACCAUCGCUGUAGUCGACUCUUUACCCACGGACUUGUCUUCGGACCCCCAUGUGGUACGGUUGCUGGACGAGUUCGCCGACAUCUUCGAGUCACCUACCGGUGUGGUGCCGGGUCGACCGAUCUCUCACGAGAUCAUUCUUGAGGCCGGUGCCGUGCCGCCGAAAGGUUGCAUCUGUCGGAUGAGCGAGGAGGAGCUUGAGGUCCUCCGCGCACAACUCGAUGAUUUGUUGGCCAAGGGCUGGAUCCGCCCGAGUAGCUCCCCAUAUGGAGCACCAGUUCUCUUCGUCAGGAAGAAGAACAAGGAUCUACGAUUAUGUAUCGACUACCGCAAGCUCAACGCACAAACCGCGGCGAUGACCAAUGAGUUUCGUGCAAUGUUGGACCGGUUCGUGCUGGUCUACUUAGACGAUAUUCUCGUCUACAGCCGGACAUUGGAAGAUCAUCUUGGACAUCUUCGACGAGUAUUGGAGACGCUCCGCCCUGCCAAGUACAAGGCCAACCGUGACAAGUGCGAAUUUGUCCGGCAAGAGCUGGAAUACUUGGGCCAUUUUGUCACACCGGACGGCAUCAGUCCGCUAUCGGACAAGAUUAAGAGUGGUCGGAGCUACUCCAAGAUCGCGGCCCACGUGAACAAGCUUCAGUGCGAGGAUCGGCCGUUUGACUUCAGAGAGGAGGCGCGAGGAUCAUUCUUCGCUCUCAAAGCCGCGCUAUUGUCUGCGGAGGUCUUGCGAAUCUACGACCCGCUCGCGCCUACGCGUGUCACUAUGGAUGCAUCAGGCUAUGGCAUUGGUGUAGUCCUCGAGCAACAUGAUGGUGUGGACUGGCACCCGGUCGAGUACUUCAGCAAGAAAGUGCCMCUCGUGCAUUCCAUUGACGAUGCACGCAAGAAGGAGCUCCUCGCCUUCGUCCACGCGCUCAAGYGGUGGCGGCACUUCCUCCUUGGUCGAAGCCAAUUUCGCUGGGUAACGGACAACAAUCCGUUGGUCUUCUACAAGACCCAAGACACCGUCAACAGCACCAUCGCUCGAUGGAUGGCUUUCAUCGACCAGUUCGACUUCUUUCCCGAUCACAUUCCUGGAAGUCGAACCGUUUUGCGGAUGCUCUUUCACGGCGUCCGGAUCACUGUACCGCGGUCUACUCAACMUUCGAGAUCGACGACGACCUGCGGAACAGCUUCAUCCGCGGCUACCAAGCCGACCCCGAUUUUCGCGAUAAGUACACGAAUUGCUCCUCUCCUAAUCCGUCUCCUUCUCACUACCGGAUCCAAGAGGGGUACUUGCUUGUCCACACGCGGGGGAAGGAUCUUCUUUGCGUACCGAGUGAUCCUCACUUGCGUACACGGCUUCUUGGCAAGUUCCACGACGCUUCCGCCACUGGACAUUUUGGAGUCAAUCGCACGAUUGGCCGACUUCACCAGCGAUUUUGGUGGCCCGGCCUUCUCGGCGACGUCACGCGCUAUUGCGAGUCAUGCGAGGUUUGCCGACGCUGCAAAUCCCACAACCAUCGUCCGUACGGCGAGUUACGACCAUUGCCAGUCCCGUUGCGGCGAAGGGAAGCAAUUGCCAUGGACAUUACUGGCCCCUCGCCACCCUCAGACCGAUGGCCAGACGGAGAGGGCGCAUCAGACCGCACAGGUUCUCCUUCGCACUCUCAUCCGCCCCGACCAGAAAGAGUGGGUUGAGCGACUGCCGGAUGUUGAGUUGGCCUACAACUCUUCCAUCCACCCGGCUAUUGGGAUAUCGCCCUUCGAGUUCGAGCAUGGCUCGCCGGUCACAUCACCGUUGGACACUAUUACUCCACGCACGACCGAGAGCGACGACCAUCUUCUCUUCUUACGUCGGAUGCAAGAGCGUCUUGUCAAGGCAUGCGACCAGAUGGCUAAGACGCAGCAGCGCAUGAGCCAACAGGCAAAUCGCUAGCGUCUUCCUUGUCCAUUCCGCGUCGGGGACCUCGUCUGGGUUUCAGCAGCGGAAUUCA